AUGGUCACCCCUAGUGCUCUGAAAAAUGUCGUAGUGGUAGGUGGGCCGUACGUCGGCACUCCCAAGAGCUUGCAACGGUUCUGCCAUCGACUCAUCGGGUUCUUCUUGUCGAGCCCUUUAGCGAGCCAUUUCCAUCAUCUAUUCGCUUUUCCACGAUUCGCCAUAAUCCCUACCCACGAGCACAAGGCCUUCAUCCCCUACUCUGGCGUCUUCGCCACCGACCCCAAAAUAUCCAGUCCCUCCCUCCACUCCGUCAUCCGCGCCAAAGUCUAA